UAAAUUCGAACUAGGAAAAAAACAAUUUUUUUUUUUUUUCUUGCUUUUUUCUUGUUUUUCUUGUUUUUUUUCUCGAGAAUUUAUUCAGAAAUCAUGAAGAUUAUUCAAAUUACUUUUUGUCUCUUAGCAUUUAUUGCAACAUUUGUAUCAGCCACGAUAAAUAUUUUAUUUCCAUCAUCUAAAUACUAUUUAGUAGCAGGUCAAACCAAUGAAAUAAUGUGGACUUCUGAAAUAACUGAUACUUUACCAUUUUCGAUCUUUUUAAUAAAUGCGAAUAUUUCCGAUUUAAAACAAUUUGCUGUUGCUAAUAAUGUUGAUCCAAGACUUGGUAAAAAAGAUGUUGAAAUAGGAGCAAAUAUGAAUUACACUGGUUUUCAAUUGAUUUUCACAGAUAUUGGAAAUAUUAAUUCAAUUUAUGCAACUUCGGAAACUUUUGAAAUUAAAGAAGCUGGUACCACGCCAACAGCUUAUUCUACUCCUACUCCUACACCAUCGCCAACUUCUUCAAGUGCUCCAUCUGUUACACCUAAGAGUUCUUCAAAUUCUAUUCAUAAUUAUGGGUUUAGUGUUUUAACUUUAGCUGCUCUCUUUGCAAUAACUUUAUUUUAAUGGACUUUAUCUCUUAUAUCACUAAUAAUAUUUUAACAAUUUUUUAUUAUCAAAAGAAAAAAAAAAAUUAAAUUUAAUUUAUAAUGAAUCAAGAAUAAUAAUAUAUCUAUCUUAUAAUAAAUUAAAUAAUUUGAAAUAAGCUAUAUUAAUUUAAGUAUAUGUAA